AUGGCGGCGCUCGGCGUCGUCUUCCUGGUGCUGCUGGAAGCGGCGUCCUGGCCGCCGGCCUCGGGGUCGGGCGAGGAGUUCUGGCCCGGCCAGUCGGCGGCCGACAUCCUGUCGGGGGCGGCGUCCCGCAGACGGUACCUCCUGUACGACGUCAACCCCCCAGAGGGCUUCAACCUCCGCAGGGACGUGUACAUCCGCGUGGCCUCCCUCCUGAAGACGCUGCUGGAGACCGAGGAGUGGGUGCUGGUGCUGCCCCCGUGGGGCCGCCUCUACCACUGGCAGAGCCCGGACAUCCACCAGGUGCGCAUUCCCUGGUCCGACUUCUUCGACCUUCCGAGUCUCAACAGAAACAUCCCGGUCAUCGAGUACGAGCAGUUCAUUGCAGAGUCCGGCGGGCCCUUCAUCGACCAGGUGUACGUCCUGCAGAGCUACGCGGAGGGGUGGAAGGAGGGGACCUGGGAAGAGAAGGUGGACGAGCGGCCGUGCCUCGACCCGCUGCUGUACUCGCCGGACAAGCACGAGUACUACAGGGGAUGGUUUUGGGGCUACGAAGAAACGAGAGCGCUCAACGUCUCGUGUCUGUCCGUCCAGGGGUCGGCUUCCAUCAUGGCCCCGGUGCUGCUGAGGAACACGUCGGCCAGGUCGGUGAUGCUGGACAGAGCCGAGAACCUCCUGCACGACCACUACGGGGGGAAGGAGUACUGGAACACCCGGCGGAGCAUGGUGUUUGCCAAGCACCUGCGGGCCGUGGGGGACGAGUUCCGAAGCAAGUACCUGAACUCCACGGACGAGGCCGACAGGACCCCCUUCCAGGAGGACUGGACCAAGAUGAAGGUCACGCUGGGCUCCGCGCGGGGGGGCCCGUACCUCGCGGUUCACCUGAGGAGAAAAGAUUUCAUCUGGGGCCACAGAGAGGAUGUGCCCAGCCUGGAUGGGGCCGUGAAGAAGAUUCGCAGCCUCAUGAACACCCACCAGCUGGACAGGGUGUUCGUGGCCACGGACGCCAUCAGGGCGGAGCACGAGCAGCUGAGGCAGCUGCUGCCGGAGAUGGUGAGGUUCGAGCCCACGUGGGAGGAGCUGGAGCUGUACAGGGACGGCGGCGUGGCCAUCAUCGACCAGUGGAUCUGCGCGCACGCCAGGUUCUUCAUCGGAACCUCGGUCUCCACGUUCUCUUUUCGGAUCCACGAGGAGAGAGAGAUCCUCGGGCUCGACCCGCGGACGACGUACAACCGGUUCUGCGGGGACCGGGAGGAGGCGUGCGAGCAGCCCACGCACUGGAGGGUGGCUUACUGAGCCGCCGGCUCCUCGUGGGCCCCGCGCCCGGGACAUCCGCACACGUGGCCUCGUCUUGCUCUCAGCGCCCGUGUGGCCUUGG